CAUGACGUCAGCAGCAAUCAGCGGUCGCUGAGCAGUAACGGUAGUAUCGAGAGAAACAAGCUACGAUGGUCCUCAUCAAGGAGUACCGUGUGGUUUUACCCUGUAGUGUUGAGGAGUAUCAAGUGGGACAGCUGUUCUCAGUGGCCGAAGCAAGUAAAAAUGAGACGGGUGGUGGCGAGGGCAUUGAGGUACUCAAGAAUGAGCCCUAUGAAAAUAAAGGCGAGAAAGGACAAUAUACACACAAAAUCUAUCACCUAAAGAGUAAAGUCCCAGCAUUUGUCAAGAUGAUAGCCCCUGAAGGCUCUCUGGUUUUCCAUGAAAAAGCCUGGAAUGCCUACCCCUACUGCAGAACCAUUGUGACGAAUGAGUAUAUGAAAGAUGAUUUCUGCAUUAAGAUUGAGACAUGGCACAAACCAGACCUUGGAACUCAAGAAAAUGUGCACAAACUAGACAAUUCCACAUGGCAGAGUGUAGCUGUUGUGCCCAUUGACAUUGCAGACAGCAGUCAAGUGUCCAAUACUGACUACAAGCUGGAUGAGGACCCUGCCAAGUUCAAGUCAGCUAAGACCGGCAGAGGACCCCUUGGGCCCACCUGGAAGAAAGAGCUGGCUGCUAAGACUGAUUGCCCAAAGAUGUGUGCCUACAAACUGGUCACAGUCAAGUUCAAGUGGUGGGGCCUGCAGAACAAAGUGGAGGGCUUCAUCCAUGAGCAAGAGAAGAGGAUCUUCACCAACUUCCACCGGCAGCUCUUCUGUUGGAUUGAUAAGUGGGUGGAGCUGAAUAUGGAUGAUAUCCGACGGAUGGAGGCAGAGACGCAGAAGGAGCUGGAAGAGAUGCGUAAGAAGGGCUCUGUGCGAGGUACAAAGGCUGCUGACGAGUAGCCAGGCCAGGUGUAGGUCUGAGUGUUGCUGUCUUCGUAGAAAGGGAGGAGUACGAGGAACCAGUGCUGCAGACGAAUGAAAAGGAUUUUAAACGCCCACGAUGACAGCAGCGAUGGAGACUGCUAAGAGGGCUCCUUUGGUGCCACUUUUUAACCAGAACUGAUUCAGGCUGUUGGGGGGGGGGGGGGCUCUGCUACCUGCAAUCAAUAGAGCAGAUCCCUGACUUGCACCCAAUCAUAGACAUUCUAUACACUGAGGAAUUGAUUUCUAGAAACCAACACGAUCCUAGCUGAUAAGACUCUGGUUAAUUUUGAUCUCCUGGACAGAGAAAGGCCAGCUAUCAGCAUCAUGUUAUUGACAAGAACCUAGUCUUCUGGAGAGAUAUGGAGAGGUGCUACUUUGCAGUAGAGAUCCAUUUACAAAAAAGCAAAUUCAUUGGCUCGAUUCCACAGUGGCAGGUGUUGGACCAAAUAUUUCCUUCUGUCCUACUUUGAUUUUCCUUUUUCCUCCAAAACAUUCCUCUCAAGAUGAUGCCCUGUCUGACCCGUCUUUGUCUCCUCCCCGGUCUUAACUGUACACACUGUGGCUCAGUGGUUUGCAUUCCCCAGCAUGAGUCUGUCUGUUUGUCAUACUCAUGUUCCUUCCUGCCACAGCCUCCAUUAAGAGAUUACUAACACCUUUGGCGUCUUGGCCCAUUGUAAUCCUUCCCCCCAUCACCCCACCUUACCAAAAGCACUGCAUCUUAUUAACACUGACAAUCAUGCCUGUACAGGUAUUCACUCUCCCUCUCAUACGGAUUUAAUAGAAACCCACAUGCACAUGCAUAUGACACAUAUACAUGGCGCACAUGAGGAUAAACAUGUGAGUUUGUUUCUCACACAUACGCACACACUCACAGGUGUGGAUGCCUUUGCAGUGACUGAUCUCUUAAAAGCUCAAGCUGGGCAGAUCCAUGCAAGCUUGUUCAGCUAAAACAGCUAAAAGGAUGUUACUUUGGAAGUGUUUACAGCACCCACUGAUCCCCCCCCAACUCCCUAUUCUGAAGAUAUUCACACAUAACAUACAACACGGCAUUCACCUCCCUAACAGAUGUCCCCAGAGAAAAAACUGCACUGAAAAACAGCCACAGAUGGUGCUACACCCCUCCAGCCUCUGUCACAAGACAAACUGCAGCGCACUGCUCGCCCCACCUCAUCCAGCCCACCCCCAGAGGCCUGUCUCACUCAUCUGGUUCUCUGAGGUAGAUGGCUUCCAAAAAGGCCUCUUCCCUCCUGCUUCAUUCUAGGUGUGUUUACAGAUCCACAACAGCCUAACCAGUGCCCAGUUGACACCAGCACCACACACUGCUUGCCUUAAUCUCCAGACCUUUGUACCUAUCGGACCUAUUAUACCUAUUGUACCUCCGCUGCCAGCUAUUGCUCUAGCUACCUCCCUUGUUUCUGACCGGCAAUUUUCCUAACACCUAAAGGUUAGCACCAGGUAUUAGCCUGCUUUUUGUUAGGAGUAAAUCUUGGCGGACAGAGCUUCAUGAGCAAAGGUGUUUGUAAUGACUCUUUAUUUUCUUCUAGGUGUAGAAUUGCAUGUGACUCCCUUUUAUGUUUCCUGAUACAUGUCGCAGCGCCUCAGCAAGUGCAAUUCCUUCAGCAAGCAAAAAUGUGUAAGUUGCAGCCGAAACAGCCUGUACACUGCUGUUGGUGCAAAGGGCUGCAGAUUUCCAUCUUUGCCUCAGAUCAGCUAUGUGAUGGAUACGCCAUAUUAAUAACUCUUCAACUCCGCAGUGCACUUUCUCCCCUUAGGCUUCAGAAUCAUGUGGCACUGGCCAACAGUGUUGAUUAUCACUAGUGUUACAAACAUAUAUAAAACAAGUGUUCUCAUUUCAUCCUUGUUUUUUUUUUGUGUUUUUUUUGUGAUGUGUCAAUGUCUUAAAGGGACAGGUCACCUCAAAAUGAAAGAUGAAUGUUCUGCCUCUUAUCUUUAGUGCUGUUUAUAAAGCUAGAUUGUUCUGGUGUGAAUUGGCAAGUGUUGGAGAUAUCGACUGUAGAGAUGUCUGCCUUCUUUCUAAUAUCAUGGAACUAAAGGACACUUGGCUUGUGGUGCUCAAAGCACCAAAACACUACAUUAAAAAAAACUCAACAGCAAUGUCUCGUUCCAGAAUUCAUGACCCGCUUACUCAAGAUAAACCAUGGACUUUUGUUGUGUGCAAGCUAAUGUAGGAACUAUUUUCUCUCUACCAAACUACACCAGCCAGCUGUAUCACCAUGCCAAAGGAAGCAUGUAUCUACUCAUGGACAAGAGGCUUGUGCUUGUAACUGCACGAGAUGUAAAUAUUUAUGCCGUCCUCUUCAGCUGAGCUGUAAUGUUAGCUAGCUCAAUGGUGUCAGGUGAGGUAGCAGUACAUACACGCUUCCUCCUGUGCUGUGAUUUGGAUGACAGGUGUAUUUUGGUAGAAAUAAAAAAGAUCCUACAUUAAACUGCUCACAACAAGGUCUGUGGAUUGAGUACCCCAUGAUUUCUGGUAAGAGACAUUGCUGUUGAGUUUUCUUCAUGUAUUUUUGGGGCUUUAAGCACCACUAGCCAAGCGCUAUCUAGUUCCAUUAUAUUCCAGAGAAGGAAGACAUCUCUAUGGCCGAUGGCUCUAACACUCAGCAACUCACACCAAAACAAUCUAGACAUAUUAAUAGCACUACAGAUAAGAGAAAAACUAUGUACUUUUGAUUUGGGGGUGAACUGUCCCUUUAAAUUGUGCUACAGGACUUGUGGGGUUUGUUUUUAGAGAUCUAUUUUCCAGAUUUUCCUUUCAAGACCGAUGUAAUGAAAUAAUGUGGGUUCAAAGAUCCUAAUGUUUUUAUUGUCUGUAUUGUAUGAGGGAAUGUGAUCCACUUCCUCAGUAAUGGGUUAUUGGCUUGUCCAAAGAGUGCGAAUGGAUUUCCGAUAUGUUUACAUGAAUUCAGCAAUCGUAGGCUGGUAAUAUAGGAAACUUGGGAAGCAAUUGUCUGAGGCAACAUUCUUACUUUACAACAAAAUCUUCUCAGGUGAACAAUACGACAGGAGGAUCUUUUUUGAUAUUGUUGCUCAUCAGUUACCCCAAACAAUUGACUUCCUUUUGCCAUACCAUAUCCUUAUCUGUGGGAAAUAUGGUUAAACAGUGUCAACACGAUAAGAUGUGGUUGUAAUAUAGCCUGUUUCGUUUUUAUCACAGUAUAUAAGACAACCAGUCAGCCUUUGUUACUGUAUUGGAACUGUAUGCAUAUGUCUCAAAGAGCGAAAAGUCUGAAACAGUGGGUCUUGAGUGUAAUCAAUGUUUCCAGGUCUAUCUUAAUGAUUCCUUCUGUCUGCUGAAUAGAGAAGCCAUUGACUAAAAAGAACAACCUAAAUCAAUUGUUUACCAUCUGUCAAGACAAUGAUAUGGAGGGGAGAGGAAGUACUCACAAAGCAACUGUACAGUCUUAACCUAAUUUAUGAAAUCCGCAACUGUUCAAUUUCCGAACUUGCUCGCUUUUUAAAUGUUUCUGAUCAGCUUUUGAAAUUCAGGGGACAUGGUAGUGAAUGUAUGAUAUUUUGUGCCUUUUCUUUCCGAGAUGUUGUCGUGUGCCAUUAAGUCUACAUAUUGUAUCUAAGUAUCAAAUAAAUUUCGUCUGAAAAAUAA